AUCGACGGGCGCUUUGACCCUGCGGAGCCACGGCUGACCUCCAGGCACCACGGAACCAGUGACGACGUGCUAACGAGCUAACGAGCUAGCAGGGCAGCUAUCGCUAUCUAGUGUGUGCGCGGCGGAUGUGAUUUAUGAUAUAGAAUAAUAUUCCAGAUAAUAUAUAUCACAUUUUAUUUUGAGGCUAGCCAUCCAAGUAAUUUGAAUAUGCCCAGCAAAAAGAAGAAAUACAACGCCAGAUUCCCCCCGGCAAGGAUUAAGAAGAUCAUGCAGACAGAUGAAGAAAUAGGCAAAGUGGCUGCAGCAGUGCCUGUUAUUAUUUCGAGAGCCCUGGAGCUUUUUUUGGAAUCAUUGCUUACAAAGGCCUGUCAAGUCACCCAGUCGAGGAAUGCAAAGACAAUGACAACAUCACAUCUAAAGCAGUGCAUCGAGCUGGAGCAGCAGUUUGAUUUCCUGAAGGACCUGGUGGCCACGGUGCCGGACAUGCAGGGCGAGGGGGAGGAGAACCACACUGAGGGGGGAGGAGAAAAAGUCCCACGCAGAGGUAGAAAACCAGGGUCUGGGCGUAAGAAUGGGGGAGCUGGCUCCAAAGGAAAGGACAAGAAGUUGUCUGGCACAGAGUCGGAGCAAGAGGACGACUCUGAAGACAGCGAGACAGACGGGGACGAGGAGGACGGCUCUCAGUCGAGCACAAAUCUGCAGGCUGCAUCCAGGUUUCACAGCUCUAACGCACCCCCCCAGUACAUGCACAUGGGCAGCGUGGCCUCCAUGGGCAGCAUGGCGCCUGCACCGCCCCAGGGCGGCAUGGCGUUCGCCCCCCACCCCUCCAUGAUCAGCGUCGCACCACCUCCCCCCGCCCCUGAGCCACACAAAAACGAGGAUGACGAUGACGAAGACUAUGACUCUUAGCUCCCUCCUCCUCCUCCUCCUCCACUUACACACACACACACGCACACACACACUCUUUCAACAUUAUUUUUCGAUUUCCUAAGUUGCUCUUGCGGCGGCUGCUCCCAACAGAGGAGGGAAAGACUCUUCACCGCAGGUCGCUGCCAGCUGUCAGAGACACCGUCGCAGGAGACAGAAAACUGGUUGUAUAUUAUGUGUUUUAAUUUUCUUUUCUUUUUUUAAAAAAAAGGUUUUAUUUUAUUGUCGAGGAGAAUCCAACGAGGAUGUUUUUUAACAAGUCGGUCGUUCUUUUUUGACUAUUAAAAAUGGCAGUCGUCACUGUUUUUGCCAUUGCCCCUCCCCCCCGCAGACAGGAUAGGUGUGGUUUUUGUUGAUUUGUAGCUUUUCCUUUUGGCACUUUUCUUUCUUCCUCAUCCUCAAAUCCUGUGGUAGACAUCAUGAAAUGAACAAAUCAAAACAAUAAGUGGUGGUUAAAGCCUUAUUAUAGCCUCUGAUGCUCACAGGCAUCAGUAAAGUAUCUGGAAGGUGAUCAACACUUUAUGAAGUGUUAUGUUACUGUUAUCGAUUGACUAUGAGACGCUGAGCCCGACUUCCUGGCUAGUCAGUCCAAUUGUCAGGCUGAAACACAAACAAGGAAGCAGGUGUAUUUUUACUAUAGGUUAGCUAACCACAGCUUUUUCUGUUUUAGUUUCUAUUUUUAAUUCCCAUUUUUAUCAAAAGAAACCUUCACGAGGAUCAGCCCCCGAAGUCAACCAUAUCAGCAGGUUAAUGAUUACCAUUUUGUUGUUGUUUUUCACGCUGUCAGAGGUUACUCGCUCUGCCAGUUGGACCUUGUAUAUUAUUUUGUACGGCCAUUAAAUUCCCCUUAAUUGCCCAUCAGAAGUAUACUGUGACUCAUGGACCAUAACUUUGUUUUUAAAGUUGUUUGUCUCCUUUGUCCUCUCUCAUUUCUAUUCUGGCCACCCCUCCAAUUUCGAGUAACUUUAUCUUAAACCUUUUUUCCCGCCCUCUUUUUAGAUUGUUUUAAAUGUACUCAUCGAGAUGGGGCUCCCAUUUAUGUGUCUCAGUAUGAAAUGUUUCCGAAUAGGCAGUUGACACUGUAUUGUAAACUUUUAACAUUCUUUUUAUUUUGUAUGGGUAAAAUAAAGUUCAUAUUUCAAUUAA